AUGGUCGAGGGACGCUGCAACUGCGCGAGCAUCAAAGUUACCCUCCCAGAGCUUCCCAAGGAAUCGGUGAUUUGCUACUGCGCCAAUUGCCGUCGUGGAGGUGGUACCUUUGGUUCCAUUGUAUUCCCCAUGACCAAAGACGAUGCCAAAAUAAGCGACGCUAAGGGCACCCUGAAGAGCUAUACGGACAACGAUACUACUACUGGCAACACAAUUAUUCGCCAAUUCUGUAGCGACUGUGGAUCGUACGUUCACUCGGCGAGAGAUUCGAGUUGA